AUGGACUGCUCUAUCGGAUACCUCACUAUGUUGGAAAGUCAGAUUACUGCUGCGAAACUUGGCACACCGCAGCACGAACGGUACACAAAUUUCAUUCUCCCCAAGCCGCCCUGCGACCUCGACUUUGAUGGAACGGUCAGAACACUGUCCCAGAUAUUCGGCAAUCAAAGCUCACCAUUCAUUAUCCGUUACCAAUGCCUAAAAGUGAUCAAGAAAGAUGAGGAUUUAAUCACAUUUGCCGGUGUUGUCAGUCGGAAAUGCGAACGCUUCAAGCUCAGCUCAAUGACGGAGAAUAAGCUUAAGUGCCCCAUUUCGGCAUCCGGUCUCCAGUUGCCCCGAGAUGCUGGCAUCAAAACGCGGAUGCUUAGUGGAAUUGGACAGGAUGCCGAAAUGACUAUGCAGAGCUUCACCACCGACUGCCAAUGCCUCGUUAACCUGAAGCAUGAUACGGUCAUGAUCGGCCACCCACGAGUGGCUUUGUGCAGCAGUGCUCAGACAUUCAAAUCCACAACGCCUAAGAAAUAUGGCAACAUGCCCGAGCAAGCCUUUCACAAGUUGUUAGCACUG